UGUCUAUCUGUGUUGGCCCUGGGAUGAGGUGGCGACUUGUCCAGGGUUUACCCCGCCUUCCACCCGAAUGCAGCUGAGAUAGGCUCCAGCACCCCCCGCGACCCCGAAAGGGACAAGCGGUAGAAAAUGGAUGGAUGGAUGGAAUUUGAACACAAUGCAAUUCAAAGUGUUGUACAGAAAAUGAAUAAAUGCAUGUGACAUUUUCCUGCUAUCUCGCUCGGCUGCUGCACGUCGCCAUGAACGGGAAGUCGGCCAACGGCACGGCGGGGGGAAUGGCGUGUAUCGACGGUCUGCCGCCGCUGCCCAAGAGCCUGAGCGGCUUGCUCAACUCCAGCGGCGGCUCCUGGAGGGACAUGGAGAGGAUGUACGUGAAGAAGACCAUGAUCCAGGACGACCUGAGCCGAGGCAGGAACAACGCCGACAACCUGCUCGCCAACAAGCCGGCCAGCCUCGACGCCGCCCUGGCUCUCCUGCGGAAAGAGAUGGUGGGCUUGCGGCAGCAGGACAUGUCUCUGCUGUGCCAGCUGUGGUCGCUGCACGAGUCCAUCCAAGAGUACAAGGGCAACUGCCAGGACCUGAGCGCCGCCUCCAGUCUCAGCAUGAUGGACAAUGGCUACUUCGACGAGGACGACGAAUACUACCCAGACACGGGCGCCACACCCACAGGCGACCAACCGGGCGGAGAGUCUGGAGAAGGGAUGACUACAGCGGGAGCGGCAAAGAACGGUGGAAGUGUUGGCAAAGACGACAGCUGGGAGUCGUUUCGCGUCAACAUCUGAACCCUUGCUCUCGAGAACCCAUGAUUGUUUGGACGGCAGCAAGAAGGACUUUUGCCAGUCUUUUGGUAUGUUUUUACUAUCCUGAAUGGGAAUGUGAGUCCAGCCUAACUUGAGCGCCUCCUCUGGUAUAUACUGGUCUUGCAGGGGGCGUGGCUUCAUCACCUGAAGCUAACAUUGUCGUCAAACAUUCACAAUGGACUUUUUUUAGACUUGUUUACUCAAAACAAAAUUUAGUAAUAUACUUUUUUUUUUAUAUAUAUAUAUAUAUAUAUAUAUAAUGCUGCCUCAUCCAGCAGUUUUUCCAUCUUACAUAUCAGUGUAUCAAAGUUUUAUUAUUUAUUUCAUAGUAUAAGUAACUAAAUAUCCGCUCUUCUAUUGCUCUGAAAGCGUCGGGCUGCAACAUCGGGAAGAGUUUGCGGCCAAAAAAUAAUUUAUUUACCAGAACAACCGGGACAACGAUGGUCGUACAGCAGGGAAUUUUUUGGUACAACGUCGGAAGUUGUCUCCAAAUUAUUGUCAACCCGUGAGCACCAAUUAGCUGCUCAAAUGUAGCCCCAGUCUUAAAACACAGUAUACACCCUUGAAAGUAGCUGUAAACUGGCAAGCUAGCAAACUGUAGCAAAACAGAUGAAAACAUUAGCAGUUGGCAGGUGAUUACAGGGUCUUUUUCUUACCUCUUCUUACGUCAACAGAUGUCAUGCUAGCAACUUUUUACUUGUUCGGGCGCACUGUUAGCACCUGAAUUACCGGCUCUUCGUCUUCCUCCCUUCAAUUUAUGUUGUCUGUAUACGUGACCAAAGAAACGCUCAGCAUGAAAUGUAUCGUACAUGCCGACCACCUAAAAUUCCUCCACAGCUAAUUCUGGAAAUGUAAAAAAAAAAGAAUGUCUCCACGCCGUCUUGAACAUCUUCACUACAGGGUUUUGCCGUGCCUUUAGUUCAUGUUAAUUAACGUUUGUUGUGUUUACGUUCAAACGCAUGCCACUGACUUACAAAAGACGGUCUAAAAAUAUGAUUUGAAAUCGUAAUGUACUCCCACUGGAUACUUCAUUAGGUAUACCUGACCAAUGUUGGCUUUAGUCAUUAGUCCGACAUUUUUUGUGUGUGGAACACAGGCCACAGUUUUAUUUAGGUUGAGCUAAAAUGUUGGGGGGGUUGUAACAGUAAUUGAGAUCUAAACCUGUGACAGAAAUGAAAUGUAUAUGUAUAAUUUUGUAUCGGUUAUUAUUUGUAUUUAUUUUUUAAACUGUAAUUCACCACAGCAUCACAAAUCGGGCUUUCAUAUUGGAAUGCAUUGGAAGACCCUAGAAGCUUCCCGAUGGGCUUGAAUUGUUUUAUGGUGUACCUAAUGAAGUGUUUGUUGAUUAUAACGACCAAUACUGGACUGGAGAGCAGCACGACACCGCAAAAUGAAUUAUUAUGCUUCCAAAAAUAUGUUAAAUGUGUAUAAAUCAUAUCAAAAUAAUACUCAAGUGAAUUACUGUAGAAAAUUCUUAAUGAAUGACGACACCAUCACUGAUGUAUUACCGAAUGUUUUGUCUGACACUUAAUUGACUUUUUCUUGUGCUGUAAAGAAGACUGUUAUUAGUGUCAUGAAAUUACAGAAGGUAUGUAGUUCAAACAAAGAUCACAAUGAUAAUUAGUAAAUAGAAAAGCACUCGCAGAGCGUAGAACUCUGCCAAGUGCCCGAUAGUAAAGAAUCCUUUAAAAAAAUCCUGAAUCUAGACAGUGAUCCAGAUCACCCCUACAAUCAAAUGACAUGUUGCCAUUUCCUGAAAGUUUCAUCAAAAUCAGCCCGUACAUUUUUUAGUAUUGUUGCUAACUGACGAACCGCAGCAAAUACAUAACCUCCUGACGGAGGAAAUAAUGAUAAUAAUAAGACACUCUCAUCGGAUGUUUUCACUAUCAGUGCCUUUGCAAACCAUCAGGUGACUGAUGAACUAUGAGGACAUAACACAAGCUACAGACUUUUUACAAGACACUUGCUGGCAUUUUUUUGUAAAUUCCUUUGGUGCAACAUGAGGGACAAAAACAUUAAUGUAGUUCAACAAAUAAAAACCCAGAAUGUACACAUUGAAGCUUGUGAAAUUUACUGUGUAGCAUGUUUUGGUGUGCUUAAGGUAUUACCCUCCCAAAAACGACAUGAAUGAAUAAGAGUGCUCUUCCGCAGUGCAAUCUUUCCCCUGGUCUGCCGAGAAUAAGAAGACUUAGCAGGAGGGGUCAGUGUUGAUACGUUGAUGUUAUAUUUAGCGAGUAUUCCAACCCCGACAAAAAAUGACUGGCGACAAAUCUAUUAUUGGACAUUUUUGGAGACUCUGACAUGAAAUAACGUAUGGCUCUUUUCAACGAGCAGCAGGUGAUGCUGUGAGCCCGUCCCUUCUAAACCCGCUCACAGGUGACUUGCUUGUGAUUAAAAAAUUUAAAAAAAAGUGAUAGAAGGAAGUAAAUUUGACUUUGUAAACAUAUUUUUUCUCACGUUUUGUCUCAUUCAUCCAUACCAAUUAUUUUCACAUGCGUUGUUAUACAAAUUUGACGACAUCCCCUCUAGCGUGGCCCCCACGACCACAACCCACAGAUAGAUGGCAGUCCUGUGUAAAACAUACAGCACAAGUGAUUGGAAUUUUACACCAGCUAAAUGCUAACAUCGCUCAUAUCAACAAAAAGUAUGUGAUCAUUUGUGUAUCAAAUCAAUCAUAAAUGUGAAAUGUUUUUGAAUAAGUGACCAUCUACAAAUAAUGUUUGGCAUUAUUGUUGUUGUACGAGUUUUAAUGUUAAACAGCUACGUUGUCGAUGCAAUUAACACAUCUCCUUCAGAUCUAUGUAGACCACAAUGCUAUGGGGCUGUCAUAGCCACGCCAACACUUUGCUGGUUCAGAACAAACCAUUUUCUACGACAUUUUUAAGUUUAUGUGUAGAAAUAAGCUAAAAAUCAUCCUCCACACCAGCAGAGGGCAGCGUGUUAGCCUUCAGUGAGCAGCGUUGGUGCCAGAAAACGCUCAUUAUUGUGAUUUUCUCAAUGCAUCUGUUUUAUUAAUCAGUUUCGAAAAUCAAAUGAAAUAGAAAAUUAGUUGACUUUUAGCGCACAAUAUCACCUGCGUAGCAAAUAUACACCACAUCUGGAUUGUAGCAUUUUGUGAGCAGACAAAUGAAAUGUCUUAACGUCACAUAUCGACUGUUUGCAAAAUAUUAAUAAUGCCUUAAGUCAUUGAUGCACAAUGAAUUUGAAUUCCUGUCAAAAUAUUACUCAUGCAUUAAGUCAUUGAUGCACAAUGAAUUUGAAUUCCUGUGUUGCACAAAAUAUUGCAAGCACCGUUCUUUAUUUCUCUGUAAAAAAAAAAUACAACCACACUGCUGCUGAUAACAAUAAAAUGAGUACCUAACAUAUCUUUGCAGGUAUUUUGUUUUUUAUUGUUUCUUGCUCAAAAGGCUCACCGUUUACCAGACCAAUUGAAAUUGAGAUGGCAAAAUUAAUAUUUGAACGGAAGACCCAACUUUUACACUCUUAAUGGCAAGCCGUAUGUCAUUUUUAAGAAGAGCUUUGCAACCAAAAGCAAAAUGUGUUCAUAUUUAAAAUGUUUCACAUUUAGAAAAAUGAAAAGAUGCCCUUUUCUAUUUUUUUCCUUUUUUUUUUUUAAAGAAAACAUUCAUAUGUUUAACAACAAACCUUUUGUUACGAUUAGUCAAAAUCGUAUCAAGUAGGAAUGGGCAAUAUGGCCUAAAAUCUAUAUCACGAAAGUAAUAUAUGUAACAAUAUGUUAUGUGGCAUAUAAAUAAUAAAAACAUUUCAAAA